UCAUCGAGGACCGUACUCUCGACCUGCUUUGCUUGUUUUCAUUCAGUCAAAGUCUCUUAUCGGCGCAUACAGGGCUGGGUUUGCGCUCUUGACUCCCAAUGGCGGACCCGCGCGUCGCCAGAGUGGCAUCGCGGCUGCAGAACCUACCGUCGAUCUCCCUUCCGACGGACUAUCCUCGACUAGCUGGGAAUAGGCUGGUGGAGGCGGCAUUCUCUGCCGACCUAUCCGAACAGACAUGCUUGGGACUUUUGAAGUUGGCUCUGUACAACGAGGAUGAAGAUGACGAGGAGGAGGCAGUCGCAAAGAACCAGACACCGUCGCCUUUUCACUUGCUGCUUGCAGCUUUCUCUGUGCUCCUUCACCGGUACACUGGCGACACAGAUCUGGUCAUCGGCUCAUCAUCAGCUUCUGCUCGCGAUCCUCUCGUCCUUCGCAUUUCUGUCAACCCAGACGAUCCGUUCUGGGCGGUAGUCCGCAAGGUGCAGCAAGUCGAGAAGGAGGCAGAGGCGGAUGCCCUGCCGUACGAUGCCAUAGUACGUGCGCUGGGUAGAGACAAGGGUGAUGUUUCCGACAGCCAUGCGCCGCUUUUCCGCGUCCGUUUCUUUGACGAGAAGGACACACCGCAGGAGCACUUUCUCCGAAGCACGAGCCUGACGUCCGACCUGACCGUCUUCGUCUCUCGGCAGCACGACUCGAGUCGCAGCUCCAUCGCACCGCACAUCACCCUCCGCCUGCUGUACAAUUCAUUGCUUUUUACGCCCGCGCGGAUGACGUUCAUCGUGGACCAGCUGUCGACCCUCCUGCGGAAGAUCGCCGCGAAUCCAGUUGUGCUCGUCGGCUCCGUACCCUUGAUGACACCUGUCCAGCGUGCGAUCCUACCAGAUCCCACGGCCGACCUCAACUGGUGUGAUUGGAAGGGUGCGAUCACGGACGUGUUUUCGCGUAAUGCACGCAGGUGGCCGGAACGGCCGUGUGUUAUCCAAUGCCUGCCUCCUGCCAGCUUCGACGCGCCGCAAGAGAAGAGGACAUUCGACUACCAGACGAUUUUGCACGCGUCGAACAUUCUGGCACAUCAUCUGCUGCAAGGAGGUGUGCAGAGGGAAGAGGUGGUCAUGGUAUACGCCUACCGCAGCGUCGAGCUCGUCGUCGCCGUGAUGGCCGUCCUCAAGGCCGGCGCUACGUUCUCAGUCAUAGAUCCUGCAUAUCCUCCGUCCAGGCAAACAAUCUACUUGAAGGUCGCACAGCCCCGCGCGCUCGUCAUCCUCAAAGGCGCGGGCAAGAUCAGCCCGCCUGUACACGACUUUAUCUCUUCUGAGCUGCAAAUCCGCGUGGAGGUACCGGCGCUGGAACUUCUGGCUGACGGCAAGAUCGUCGGUGGGCCGAGCGCGAACGGCGUGGAUGUGCUGAAAGCGCAGGAGAGCCUGGCUGACAAGGACCCCGACGUCGUCCUGGGUCCGGACAGCGUUGGAACGUUGUCGUUCACUAGCGGUAGCACCGGUAUCCCCAAGGGCGUGAAGGGAAGGCAUUUCAGCUUGACCCACUUCUUCCCCUGGAUGGGUGAGAGGUUCGGGCUCGGAGAGCACUCAAAGUUCACCAUGCUCAGCGGCAUUGCUCACGAUCCCAUUCAGCGCGAUAUGUUUACUCCGCUAUUCUUCGGUGCAAGACUGUAUGUUCCGACAGCGGAAGACAUUGGGACUCCAGGACGCCUCGCAGAGUGGAUGGACGAUAACGAAGUGACCGUGACACAUCUCACUCCUGCUAUGGGGCAACUCCUCUCUGCCCAGGCAACGCGCCAAAUCCCAUCCCUCCGCAACGCAUUUUUCGUCGGUGAUGUGCUCACUAAGCGCGACUGCCUCCGCCUACAAUGCCUUGCCGCCAACGUGCGCAUCGUCAACAUGUACGGCACGACCGAGACACAGCGUGCGGUCUCGUACUUCCUCAUCCCGAGUGUCUCGGAGAACCCAACAUUCCUCGCCACGCAGAAGGAGAUCAUGCCCGCCGGCGAGGGCAUGAUUGAUGUGCAGCUGCUCGUCGUGAACCGCAACGACAAGAACGUGCCGUGUGCUGUAGGCGAGGUCGGUGAGAUCUAUGUCCGCUCUGGUGGACUUGCAGAGGGCUAUUCAGACACCGAGGCCACCGUGAAGAAGUUCGUCACCAACUGGUUCGCGGCCAACGCACCGCCGAGGAAAGACACCAUCCGCGAUCCGAGCUCGGAUCGGUCUGGCCCGGAGGCGCAGUUCUGGAAGGGGAUACGGGACCGGAUGUACCGCUCAGGAGACCUCGGACGCUACUUGCCCAACGGCAUCGUCGAGUGCACAGGUCGUGCGGACGACCAGGUGAAGAUCCGUGGCUUCCGCAUCGAGCUGGGCGAGAUCGACUUGUACCUGAGCCAACAUCCGUUCAUCAGGGAGAAUGUGACGCUUGUGCGGCGAGACAAGGACGAGGAGAAGGUUCUGGUCAGCUACUUCGUGCCAGUUGCUAGUCCGUCGCUGCACGAGUUCGAAAGCGAUAUUCCAGAGAGCGGGGACGAAAAGGGUGUCGUCAUUGGGAUGAGGAGAUAUAGAAAACUCAUCAAGGACAUCCGAGAGCAUCUCAAAAAGAAGCUGCCCAGUUACAGUGUACCUACACUCUUCGUCCCACUGAAGCGCAUGCCGCUCAACCCUAAUGGCAAGAUCGACAAGCCCGCCUUGCCAUUCCCUGAUACAGCGCAGUCCGCACCGGCGGAACACCGUGGACCUGCCGCCAACCCUACCGAGGAGGCUAUCCGAGCCAUAUGGACGCGCAUCCUGCCGAAUCCUCCCUCGCCUUUGCCGCUGGACGAGAGCUUCUUCGACCUCGGCGGCCACUCAAUUCUGGCCACGCGUCUCAUCUUUGAGAUCCGAAAGGCCUUCUUGGUGGAUGCGCCGCUUGGACUCAUCUUCGAGAAGCCAACUAUCGGGGCACUUGCGGCAGCGGUGGACGAGCUGCGCAAUGCUGACCUGGGCAUUGCGGGUGAGAAAACGCCACCCGCGGUAUCAACUCCAACAGCGGCACCACAGCCGGCUGUGGUGCCCAAGAAGAUGGUUUACAGUGAGGAUUAUGAGACAUUGCUGUCGAAGCUCCGACCAUCCUAUCCAAGCGUUUCCUCCGAUUACUCAAGUCGUCCACUCACAGUCUUCCUCACCGGCGCGACUGGGUUCUUGGGCGCGUUCAUCCUCCGGGACUUGCUGUCCCGUUCCGAGCGGGUGAAGAAGGUGAUCUGCUUGGUGCGUGCGGCUGACGCCGAGAAGGCGCUGCAGCGUCUGCGGGAUGCUGCGAGUGGUCGUGGAGUCUGGGAUGAGCAAUGGGUGCAGCAGGGGCGGUUGGAGGUUGUGAAGGGCGAUUUAGAUCAGGAGCGGUUCGGUUUGGACCAGCAGACGUGGGACCGCGUCGCUCAACAGGCAGAUGCGAUAGUACACAAUGGCGCUCUGGUGCACUGGGUGUAUCCGUAUGAGCGAUUGCGGCCGGCAAACGUGCUCGGAACCCUCACUGCCAUGGAUCUCGCCGCUACCGGGAAGGCCAAGCUAUUCGUCUUUGUGUCAUCAACCUCUGCCAUCGACACCGAGUACUAUGUUCAGUUAUCUGACACGCUGUCACGCGAUCAAGACAGCCUCGGUGGGGUCCCGGAAAGUGAUGAUCUUGAGGGUGCUAGGACAUCCUUGAAGACAGGAUACGGGCAAAGCAAGUGGGUGUCCGAGAAGUUGCUCUUCGAAGGAGGACGACGUGGUCUCAAGGGUCACAUCUUACGACCUGGUUACGUCGUCGGUGAUUCAGAGUCUGCAGUCACAAACACGGAUGAUUUCAUCUGGAGGAUGGUCAAGGGCUGCAUCCAGCUCGGACUGGUUCCUGACAUCAAUAACACUGUGAACAUGGUUCCAGUCGACCACGUUGCUCGUUGUGCAGCAAUUGCUGCACUGGCGCCGUUGCCUCCACCUCGGGAUGCCUUGACUGUACUCCACGUUACUGCGCACCCACGACCAACGUUCAACGACUUCCUCUCAUCUCUAGCGAGGUAUGGAUUCGCGACAGAGCGAUGUGAAUAUCUCUUGUGGCGCUCUCAGCUGGAACGGCACGUCAUGGAGGUGCAAGACAAUGCGUUGUUCCCGCUGCUGUAUUUCGUGCUGGAUGAUCUUCCGACCAGCACAAAGGCACCAGAAUUGAACGACGGCAACAUGCGCGCCCUGCUUGCGCCUCAUAUGCGUGAAACGAAUCGCACGGUGGAUGACGAGCUCAUGGGCAAGUAUCUCGCCUGGUUGAUUCAGGUGAAAUUCUUGCCCGAGCCGACCUCACCGAACGCGGAAAAAAAGCUGCCAAAGCUUGCGAACAGCUCAGCAGCGAGAGCGGUGGGACGAAGUGGAAUUUGAUGCUGAUCUUUACCUGAGCGGACGGCAGGUGACGUUGGUUGUAGUAGCUAUACAACAAUCUUUCUGGCAGCCACAAUUGACCAUGUUCUAAAUGAAACCAUACAUAAAUGAUGAAGGUGAGCG